GGAUUUUCAGGCCUUAUUGAGUCGGAAUGCCCCCCUAGUUUCACAAUACCGUAUCAUUGGAAUAAAGUCGCUCACGUGAGUUUUGUUUACUUCCGCUCUGAUUUGUUCGUGCAUGUGUAAAGAAAGGCUCAGCUAUGACCCCCAAGCCCUUCAGCCCAGAAGAGAUCCAGAGGAUCCUGGGAUCUCUCCAGAAGCCUGCCGUCUUCCUCAACAUUACCUGUGAUUGGCCAGUGCUCCUCUGGACUGUAGACCACCUGUCACGAUGCCUUGGAGGGAAGGCUGUCCGGUUCAGAAUGGGAAGGAGACAGCAUGAAAAGAAGACACCUCUUUUUGAGACUCAAUGCUCAUAUGUGGAGGCCAAACUGGAGGAGUUUCAGUCCUGGACAGAGGGUCAGACUGGUGCAGAAGAUGUGGGGUGUUUCUCUAACUACCCCCUCUCUCUGUACUGGGCCUAUGCAGACUACAAAUACAUUGCACUGCUGCUCCAAGAAAAGCCCUCCAUGUUUGAGGACGUAGUGUGGUCUCAGUUUGGGUUCCCGGGUCGUAACGGGAGAGACAGCACACUGUGGAUUGGUACAGAAGGUGCCAAUACCCCGUGCCACCUGGACUCCUAUGGGUAUAACCUGGUACUACAGGUACAAGGAAGGAAGCGUUGGCACCUGUUCCCCCCUGCAGACACGAGUUGUCUGUACCCCAGCAGGAUCCCCUAUGAGGAGUCUAGUGUGUUCAGCCAGGUGGACGUGCUCCAACCAGACCUCCAGAGGUUCCCUGCCUUCAGACACGCCAGGGCCUACACAGUCACCCUGCAGCCUGGACAGGUGCUGUUUGUCCCCAGACACUGGUGGCACUAUGUGGAGUCUGUUGACCCCAUCACCAUCAGUGUCAACUCCUGGAUUGAGUUGGAAGUUGAUGAUGAGGCGAGAGUAGGCGAGGCCCUCACCAAAGCCAUCGUCUGUGCUCUGAAGACGACACCUAGUAACGACAAUGAUGAUGACUGGCUCAAUCCCACUGAGGAGGGGUUGGUGGGACAUGACGAGAACAUGCGGUACCUGAACCUGGCUGUGGGGGCCUGCAUGGAGAAGAGAGGGACAACAAGUCACCGUGACCAACAGAUCCAGGACACCCCAGCAUGUCCAGGGGCAAAACGUGACUCCAGGGGCCAAGCUAAGAACACCAGCUCUUCAUCACCACCAGCAGAGGACCUUUCCUCCUCUUCCACACCAUCCACCGUGCCCUUUGGCCCUCACCUCAUCCCUGUGGCCUGGAACCAGAUCACCAACCAGGAAACUACAGAGCAGAACCCCAAAAACCAAGACAGACCAUCACCAUCCAGAGACUGUGACAUAAUCAGGUCUAGUAGCGUAUCCCAAAACACCCCUCCAAGACCUGUCAGUGGGAGUAGAGCCCAGCACCAGCAUGAAGGGGAAGGCAUGUUCAGCUCCGGUUCAGCCUCUGACCCCCUAGUGUUACCACAGCCAGGAUGCAGAGAUGGAGGAAGGCCACCACCUGGGGACAGAGACCAGGGCAAUGGUGACAGAACACACUGCCCCGUCUCCAUCACCACCAAUGACCUACUGCAGUGCUUGGUUCACCCUGAGGUCAUUGCUAGAGUCUCUGAGCUACUGAUGGAGAGAGUCUGGUCAGGGACAGCCACAACACCAUAGCUUCAUAAUCUACAUUCCAACGUUCGUACUAGCAUGCUACUGAGAUUGAAUGCCAAAAUACAUUCCUUCAUUCUAAGUGAUAAGCUAGUAUCCCGCAAUUGUCAAAAAUGUCGAAAGGAGUCCUCAUCAGUAAGUCAAUAGAGUUUAACUGGGUUCAGUUGAAUUUAACAGCUGAGGUAGUCAAGGUAGAGUAUAUCAUGGUAUUAAUACCUCUGACACCGGCUCUUAUUUCCCCUAACGCUGCUGGAAGUCUCUGGCUGCGUCCCAAAUGGCACCUUGUUCCCUAUAUAGUACACUACUAUUGACCAGAACGGCUUGAUGAUACGGCGAGAGUAGAACGGUCCUGGUCAAAAGUAGUGCACUAUAUAGGGAAUAGGGUGCCAUUUGGGACGCAAGCCUCUGUGGAGUUAACAGUGAUUCAGAAACCACUGAAUGAACGGCCAUGCUCUGCAGUGCCCACAUGGGAAAUCCUGCCUGGCUGAUAGUUAGUCCAAAGUGUCAGAGAAGAGAAAACGGAAAGAGGUUUCACACUUUUCUAUAUUUUCUUACCCUCCUGCUCCUUCUUUUUCUACCCCAUCUACACUGAGUGUACAACACAUUAUGAACACCUGCUCUUUCCAUGACAUAGACUGACCAGGUGAAUCCUGGUGAAAGCUAUGAUCCCUUGUUGAUGUCACCUGUUAAAUCCACUUCACACAAACCUGUUCUUGACACCGGUUUGUGUCAAGAACUGCAAUGCUGCUGAGUUUUUAACGUUGAACGGUUUCCCCUUUGCAUCAAGAAUGGUCCAACCACCCAAAGGACAUCCAGCCAACUUGACACAACUGUGGGAAGCAUUGGAGUCCACAUGAGCUAGCAGGCCAGCAUCCCUGUGGAAUGUUUAGGACACCUUGUAGAGUCCAUGCCCUGACGAAUUGAGUCUGUUCUGAGGGAAAACGGGGUUGCAACUCAAUAUUAGGAUGGUGUUCCUAAUGUUUUGUACACUCGGUGUAUAUUGUUUACUGUAGUAUGUUAUAGUCUUGGCGACUCCAUGAGGUCAAAUCCAAGUCAAGAGCAUUUCUUCCAUUACCAUGUUUUGUAGUCUUGUGAUAUUAGACAUUUAUUUUCUUCCCAUGCCGAGCAAAUAGCACUCCAAAAUAGCACUUAAAAUUCUACUUUGUAUAAUCCUUGUAAUAAUAACAGUGAUAGCUAGUAUUUCUCAGAUGUCGGCUACAUUUUCUGCCUUCCCUUCCCCAGCUGGUAGGUUAUGUUUGCGUCCAAAAUGGCACCUUAUUCUAUGAUUAGGUCACUCCUUUUUAGUGUUUUUUGGUAUUUUAUUAGGAUCCCCUUUUAGCUGCUGCCAACCUGGAGCUACUCUUCCUCUUUAGACCAGGACUCUGCCUUCCAUUCCCCAGCUGGUAGAUUAUGUUUGCGUCCAAGGGCUCUGGUCUAAAGUGGAAGGACUAUAUAGGGAAUAGGGUGCCAAUGUUAGAAAGGCAGCCUGUUAUGGUAUUGUGAUUAAUGAAUGUUGUCUAAGGAGUGAUGAUGUGAUAUGUCCCAUCUACCAGGAAGUGGUGUGUUAUUUUUCUGUCUCUCUAUAGUCCUGGGUCUGUGACAAGGGAAGGAAACCAAAGCUCUGAAUGAAUAAAGACAAGAAACAUGUAAGCGCCACCAACAAUGAGGUAGUCCUGCAAAACCGUUAGAGUAGCAAGCUUUCAGAAACCCAUCAAAAAUAAAAUUGUCAUAUUCAGAGAAAUUUACACAUUUUUAUUUACUUACUACAAGAGCACAAUUAGAGAAAUGUUCCCAGGAGUGGAACGUUUUAUGAAGGUCUAUCUAGCAAAUGAUUAGGACACACUAGACAUUACUGGAGUUAAGUCUACUCCAGUAUUUGUCUCAGGUAGCCAAAGAGCAGGGAUGUAAAUUAAUCUAGGCCACUAGUACAAAUUGUUCUACUAGACCAGCUGGCUAGUAACCAAAAUCCUUAAGUUUCAUGCCUGCUAAAGAAGGACCCUUUUCACAAUGUUCUGUAAUUGUUUUGUUUAUCAUUAACUACAAGAGUCCGUUGUUUUCCUCUUCAUAUUUGAACAUCAUUGUAAACAGGGGACUUCAGAUCAUUUUACUAUGUACAGUAACAUUUUAUAAAUUCACAAAAAUUAAAUACAGCAUUUGAACAAUG